AAGUUCAUAAUCGCCUUAAGCACAGUCCUUGUUUGUCUUUGCACCAUAGAGUUUUGCAACCUGUCGUUACAAACAGUACGUUUCUCACAGAAAACCUCUACGGGCCUUGCAGAAAACCUCUACACCACCUACUUGCAUUAAUUCACAUGGCCGCCGAGAGUGUCUCGCACGGAGUUCAGCCUACGGAGCGGUCUCCCUUGCUGGGGACCACUCAAGUGGGUUCGCAAGAUACAGAACAUAUAUGCGAGAGAUCACCAAGAUUUACACUUCCAAAUCGCCGCACAAUUCUGCUCUCUCUGUUGGUCGUCGGUAUUCUCAUUUUGGGCGUUGUGGUUCCAGUGGUGUACUUUGUUGUAAUUCCGGACCGUCUACGAGAAGCGUUGAACGGAAACGGCGCAGACAUAAGACAGAUUCAUGUUAUCGAUAUUCAAAAUGAUCGAAUUGCGCUCCGUGUUCGUGGACUGGCGCAUAACGACGACGUUCCCCCCGUUAGGGUUACAAUGCACCCAACACUGUUUUCAUUCCUCAACAUUGCAGGCGCAACGCAGGAGAGCGUCAAAACAUUGAAAAGUGAUAUGGAAAUCAGUGAGGAGGAGUUACGGAUUGGUUCUUUACAGUUUCCGGGACUGGUGGUACCUCGAGGAGCAGUCUCGGUUCCAAUAGAUUUCGUCAGUGCGGUCGAACACCUAAAUAUUCCACUUAUCGAGCGGCUUUUAAGUAGUCUUUUGAAGGGUGGAGAGGAACCGAUGCCUCCACAGAUGUUUCGCUUGCAAGCUAGUCCGCUGAUGUCGUUGCAACAUGUUGGUUCCUGGGUGAUUCCUUUACAAAACAAUAUCUUCUUUGAUCCAAGUAAAACCUCAGCACCGGACUUGUCUCAGUUUAACAUUACCCUCGUCGACAGCUCUUAUACACCAAACGCAACAGAUCCGUCCCAGUUACUUCUGUUUGCGAACCUUUCCUUCGACAAUCCUACCGUUCUAUCCUUUGCCCCACAAAACAUAUCCGUUCUCUUCUCCAUCCACUAUGAAAAUGAUCGUAUCGUGGAUGUGAUGAUUCCUUCUUCGACGACGCAGUUGGCGCAAGGCCACAACAGCAACGCUACCGUAUACGGUUCUACUGUUCCUCCCGAAGGGACGAUGAAACUAAUGCAGCUAGUCGGAAAGUAUGCUGAGGGGGAAAACACAACCGUGGUGUUAAAGAACUUCCGACUUGAGUACGAGCAGAGACGAGCCUCAUUGCCAUGGAUUGAAGACAUUUUGGCCGAUAUGGAGUUUGAAGUAGAAAUACCUGCCCCGGAGGAAUCGGAUGAUGAUGGGUUGCGGAGGGCCCAAACCUUUGGUAUCAACACAGUCAAGACAACUGGAAGGACAAGGAAGGCUUUGUCAGCAGCUUCCCGAUUUCAAAAUCAGCGAAAGGGUUCCUCGUAGCGCAACCCCCCGUAGUUUCUGACCUCAUAGUUGUAUUGUGCUGUACAUUUUCCGUAUCUUUUUGUGAAUGUGCCUGUUUGAUGGUUCGCGUAGUAUAUAGAUUGAAGUCCAGAUUCUAAUUGCGUUGCAGGAAUACGCCUUAUUUUCGUAAUAGUGAAUGGAUAACAUUUCAUUGUGAUGCAUAUAUUAAAUUUCCAGUCUAAACAGUUACUUCGAACGAUCCAACUACUAUGUUACAAUAUAAAUGAAAUAAACUAUGCGAAGGUGGUCGUGCGUCUGUUCGACUCUGCUCUAUCUUCGCCGAGAUCACACCUCACUUCUUCCAUCACAGUGUCGGUGCUUUCCAUCCUUUCCCAAAUGUGCUCC